GAGGAGGCGGCGGCGGGGAGCCGAGCGUGCGGCUGCCAGCGAGCUGCGCGCGGGGGAAGAGCGGAGGUCUCUCCCCGCAGAGCAGCCCCCCGCGCUGGGGCAGGGCCCCCCGGCUCCGCUGGUCCCGCGCCGCCCGGGCCCGGCACAUCCUCUGCUGGAGCCAGAUGUGCGGGCGGCCGCGGCGGGCAGCACCCGGCCCCAUGACGGCGCGGCUGGCGGCGGCAGGAGAGCCCAAGGGAAUGACCUUGAGGAGCAACCUGAAAAAUGCAGCAAAGUGCAAAAAUGAAUCAUUUGGUGAGGAAACGAAGGAGAAGUUCUGAUUAAAGGAGCAACGAGCCUCACUCUGGCAUGUUAUGACUCCUUCAGCAGGGAGGGCCAGGCAGGGCGGCUGUCAGCGGGGGCCGUAACGCUGCUGGGAGCAGGGACUGAAUGGUGCACGGGGUUUGCAUGGGGGAUCUUCUCCUGUGGACGUCGUUUCCACCCUGCUGACGCUCAAUGCCCUGUUCUCGAUGUGCCCCAUGAGCGUUCCCUGCCUGGAGGGAAGCUGGUCUUUCCAGUUGAAAAUGAGACGCUUCCAAACGAGCCUGCUUCUCCUCUGUGUGGCAGCUGCCACCGCCAUCCCCAUCGUGCCCUGGAAGGUCAAAUGCCCGCUGCAGUGCGUCUGCCAGAUCAGGCCGUGGUACACUCCCCGCUCUGUGUACCGGGAGGCUGCCACCGUCGACUGCAAUGACUUGUUCAUCUCCACGGUGCCUGAAAACUUGCCGGAGGGGACGCAGACCCUGCUCUUGCAAAGCAACAACAUUGCCAGGCUCGAGCAGAGCGAGCUGGAGUAUCUCAAAAACCUGUCAGAGCUGGACCUGUCGCAGAACAGUUUUUCUGACGUCUGGGACUUUGGCCUGAAGAACAUGCCCCAGCUGCUCAGCCUGCAUCUGGAGGAGAACCAGCUGGCCGAGCUGCCUGACAACAGCUUUCCCGGCCUGGGCAACCUGCAGGAGCUGUACCUGAACCACAAUCAGCUAUGCAGGAUCUCUCCCCGGGCCUUCUCUGGCCUUGGCAGCCUGCUCCGGCUCCACCUCAACUCCAAUCUGCUGAGAACGGUUGACAGCCGCUGGUUCCAGAUGCUCCCCAACCUUGAGAUCCUCAUGAUUGGAGGCAACAAGGUGGAUGCUAUCUUGGAUAUGAAUUUCAGGCCCUUGUCAAACCUGCGGAGCUUGGUCUUGGCUGGGAUGAACCUGAGGGAGAUCUCGGACUACGCGCUGGAAGGCCUGCGGAGCCUGGAGAGCCUUUCUUUCUAUGACAACAAGCUCGUGAAUGUCCCCAAGCGUGCACUGCAGCAAGUUCCUGGCCUCAAGUUCCUAGAUUUGAAUAAAAACCCCUUGCAGAGGGUUAAGCAAAGUGACUUCAUGAACAUGCUACACCUCAAAGAGUUGGGGCUUAACAACAUGGAGGAGUUGGUUUCCAUAGACAAAUUUGCCUUGAUCAACCUCCCUGAGCUGACCAAACUAGACAUGACCAACAACCCCAAGCUGUCCUUCAUCCACCCCAGCGCGUUCCACCACCUUCCUCAAAUGGAAACCCUCAUGCUCAACAACAACGCCUUAAGUGCCUUGCAUAAGCAGACGGUUGAGUCCCUGCCCAACCUGCAGGAGAUCAGCAUCCACAGCAACCCCAUCCGCUGUGACUGCGUCAUCCGCUGGGUCAACAGCACCGAGAACCACAUCCGCUUCAUUGAACCCCAGUCUACGCUGUGCGCUGAGCCCCCAGACCUGAAGAGGAGGCAUAUCCGAGACGUCCCCUUCCGGGAGAUGACGGACCGGUGCCUGCCUCUCAUCUCUGCCAAGAGCUUCCCCUCCCAUCUUGAGGUUGCAGACAGUGAGAAUAUCUCCUUGCACUGCCGAGCUCUGGCGGAGCCGGAGCCGGAGAUCUAUUGGGUCACCCCUUCGGGUGUUAAGCUGAUCCCCUAUACGGAAGAUGGGCGGUACAAAGUGCAUCCCGAAGGGACACUGGAGAUUUACAGGAUCUCCGCUCAGGAGGCUGGGCUGUACACCUGCGUGGCUCACAACCUCCUUGGUGCAGACACCAAGAGCAUCAGUGUUAUGGUCAAUAGCUCCUUCCCACUCAGUGAGGACAGCCUGGAGCUGGUGGUGAUGGAAGUCCAGGCCUACCACAUCCUGGUUGCCUGGAAGCCACAUCUCAACACCAUCUCCUCUAACCUCACCUGGUCCAGCUUCUUGCUUAGCUCCAACCUGGACAUGACCAAUGUGGCCCGGAUCCCUAUAGGGACCCACGUGUACAACAUCACCCGGCUCCACCAGGACACUGAGUACUGGGCCUGCCUCCACGUGGCCUUUGUAGACUUGCAGGCCAAGGUGGCUUGCGUGAGUGCCAGGACUAAAGAGGCCGGCUACCGCUACAGGUUCCUGGGGGCCAGGCAGAGCAUCCUGACAAUGCUGGUCCUCUGCAUCUUGCUGCUGUCCGCCAGCCUUGUAGGUCACUACGGCUUCGGCUCCUCCGGGGCAGAGCCCCGGAGUGCCACGGAGCUGCUCCCGCGCCGCACGCCGUGCAGCCUGGGCGCUUCCUCGGUGCGCGUGAUCUACCCGCCCUUCAUCCGGCCCUGGGGUCGGGGGCAGCGCGGGGAGAAGCUCCUCGCCGUGGAGGUGCAAGCGACCCCCCUGGACUCGUGAAAGCCAACGCCUUGCGAGGGCCGGCCGUGGGACUGUGCCGGGCGGGUGGGCGGGGAAAAACUGUUUUUUACCAAAAACAAAACAGACAAAAAAAAAAAAAAAAAAGGAGGGAUUUCAAGCAAACAAACAAAAGACUUGACUAUCAAAGCAGUGCGGCAGGUGGGAAGAGCAGAGCCAGCUUGGGGUUAGCAGAGCCCCGUCGCGGCCCUGCCCUCGCCCGGGUCUCCGGCAGCGUCCGGACCCGCACGCGGCUCAGAGGCGCCGGUGGGGCCGGCGUCAGCGGUGCUCGUGCCCGAGGGGCGCCGGGAGCGAUGCCCUGAGCCUCCAAACAGCCAUAUGGAUGAUCGGCAGAUCACCCCUUUCCCCGCAGCACCGAUGCAACACCCCGGCUGGGUCAGCUCCUUGCUGGACAGUCCCUGUUUUGGAAACACAAGAAAAAGGCCUUUCCCUUUGGGGUACACGUUCUGGGUUUUGGGGGGGUGGGUUUUUUUCAUUUUUGAGCAGUCACAGAUAAUCAGCCGCAAACCCACCCCCGGCUCCCUUCCCGCAGCUCUGCCGUUUGCUCGCCUGCGAUCGGCCAGAGGAAAGCGGAGGGGAAGGGGGCGACCAGGGCAAGAGGAAAAAAUGAUCCUGACGACACGUCUCUGAAUUGGCUCGCAGCAACUCUGCCGAGCCGGCUGACUUCUGCCAGGAAGAGUCAGCUGCAUCCCACAAGUGUAAUUUCAAGGCUAUUUUGUAAACUUUUGUGGAUAUUGUUACAAAAAAGAAAAAAAAAGGGAAGAAAAGAGAAGGAAAAACAGGGGACAAAAAGAGGGGGAGGAAAUUCUUGCUUUUCUGUUUUUGUAAAAAAAAAAAAAAAAAAAGAAGAAGAAGAAGAAGAAAAAUCCUUUGUGCGUUGGUGGUGUAGCUAGAGGGCUUCGCGUUCAGACGCAGGCGGGGAGGCUUUGAUGUGCGGGGGGCUGCGAGAACAAAGCUGCCCGGCCGCGCUGGGCCCUCCGCGGAUGAAGGGGAGGGUGGAGGAUGCAGCGGCUCUUUUCCUGCGCUGUCCUCGCUUCUCUUUCUCUGAUAAGCAAUUAAAAUUGCAAAUGAAACGUA